AUGGGAUCUCGUCUGGUUGCACAUCGUGUAGGGGAAUUCCGUGUGGCCUUCAUCAGUGAGGAGCCUUGCAAACGAGAGGCCUUGUUCUCCUGGGACUCCUUCGAGAUGAAUUCGGCGAGACGCAUUCGAGUGACGGGAGUGGAUUACCUCCUCACGAUAUACGGUGGGCUAGAGAAAGCCAAAGAAAAGGGAAGCGGGAAGAAGAAGCUGGAUUUGGCGAUCCCAGAGACGAGUCUCAACAUGGAGAUAGGGCAGAUCCUCAUGUCCAUGCUCCACGCCUGGGGGCUGGACCCGGACCUGGACAGCGUCUGCGAGACAAAACUCGGCCUCCUGCGUCCUCGCAUCCCUAUCUCCUAUGGCAUCCUCUCAAAGGGAGGCUACAUGUGCCUGUACUUGCCAACAUGGGAACGCAUGGCCCUUGGGAAUGGAGAGUCAAAAUCAGAUGGGAGCAAUGGAAAUGUCAACAAGGAAUUGGAGGGGAGGACAAGUGCCUUCAUGUCAUGGGGAAGGUGGGAGCUGAGUUCCAUGCUGAGCACACAUCAUCUGUUGGGCAUCGUGGCCAUUGCCAACACCCUCAUGUCCAUGCAGAGUGCCACCUUUGCCCCAGAACUGGAAUUCAAGCGUCGACUCCUUCGAGCCCAGGUGGACAUCCUUGCUCGCCGCUGGCAGGAUCGCUGCCUUGAGGUGAGAGAGGCAGCACAGGCAUUGCUGUUGGCCGAACUGAACCGAAUAGGGGCAAAGGGGAGAAAGGCUCUGGUGGACAAGUGGGCAUCGUAUCUGCCCUCAUAUACUGAUUUGGGAAAUGCAGCUACCCCAGGAGCCACUACCCCCUUGACCACUUCAGCCUCCACACCCACCUUCCAGUCUCCGCCUACAACACAGAAUGAGGCAACCAGGCCCUCAGAGUCGAUUGGGAGAAUUGAGGCCAUCAAACAACCAGAGGAGGAGUAUGAGGAAGAUGCAGCUGAAGACAUAUAUGCCAACAAACGAAAAGGGGAAGAAGGUCGAAGCCGUGCCAUUGUUGAGGGAUUUGGCAUCAACCAUGCCCUUGCUCGACAGACAAGUCAGGCCCUGACAUACCUGCUGCUGGUGGGGUCAUCCUUGAACCACCCAACACACACUUCUUUGCGGCGAGCUGCAGUGGAUCUCAUCGGACGUGGCUUCACUGUCUGGGAGCCCUACCUGGAUGUCCCCAAGACCCUCUUAGGACUUUUUGAGCUCUGCUGUGAUGCUGACCGACUUGUCCCCAGCAUGAACUAUGGACUGCCUCUGACCCCAGUGGCAGACACAUGUCGUACAGCCCGACAUGCUCUGACCCUCCUGGCAACGGCACGGCCACAGCUGUUCAUCAUCACGUUGGCACGGGAGGUGGCACGGCACAAUACGUUACAGCAGAAUGCACAGACACUGAAUGUGAAUCUCACCAACCUGGUUGUGAACCGGGCCAAACCAGAGAUGCUACGCAUCAUUGAAACUCUCAUCCAGAAAAUGCCAGGAGAAGUUGCUGCCCUCAUUGUUGAGGUGGUGGACAUCAUCCUGCAUUGUGUGGACUCUGGUCACCUGAAGGCCCGGGGUUUGCAUGAGGUGUUCCCACCAAUCUGUCGCUUCUUCAUGGUGAGCCACUGUUCCCACACGAGACGCAUUGCAGUUGGUGCUCGUAAUGGGCACCUGGCACUGUAUGAGCUGCGCGGGACACGGUGCCAGAUGAUCCCUGCCCACAGUCAGCCCAUCACAUCAUGCGCCUUCAGCCAUGAUGGCCGCCUCCUGGCUUCUUACUCCCAGGGCGAGAACCGUCUCUCCUUCUGGCAGACAUCAACUGGGAUGUUCGGGUUGGGGAAUGCCCAGACGAGAUGCAUGAAGACAUACAGCACCCCACCAGUGCCAGAUGUAGUGCGCCAGAACCCCUUGGUCUCGGCACGACUCAUCUGGGUCAACAACAAGAACGUCCUGCUCAUGAUGCCGGACGGAUCUGAUGCAGGAACAAAACGGGGAAACAGGGAGGUGGGACAAAAUAACCCCAGCCCCUGCGUCCCCAAUGACCCCGGGUCCCAGCGACCCGACACCAUGGGGGAUGGGACCCUGGUGACGGGCAUCGCCGAGCAUGACCCUCCUCUGCCGAAGAAGAAGUGCCGACGCCCUUCUACUCCUCCUUUUGCUCCUUCCUCUUCCUCUGCCUCUUUUGGCUCAUCUUUGGUAGUGGCACCUGCCGUGAAACCUUCCUCAACUGAACCAGUGAUGUCCAUCGCAACCCUCGAGAACCUGGGGAACACGUGCUUCCUUAACAGCAUCUUAUAUGCCCUGCGUGUGACUCCAGGACUCCGAGCGGCCCUCCACCAGGCUGCCACCCACCUGAGCAACACCCGUGGGGAACGGGGUCAGUCUCCCACUUGCGGGGGAGACGGCGCUGUCGGGUAUGGGAAGGUGGAGAUGCUGAUCCUCUGCCUGCACGACCUGUUCCAGCAGAUGCACUCGAAGGAACGAACCCACUUUACUGCCGAACCCAUUCGACCCAUUGAAUUCCUCAAGGCUCUCAAGGAAGGAAACAGCCUAUAUGAGGAUGGGAUGCAGCAGGAUGCCCACGAGUGCCUCCUGUUCAUCCUCGACUACUUCCAACUGACAGGCAAGAAGAUGAUCCCGAAGCCGGCCGUGAACGGGAGGCCGAAGGCUCCGACGACCCCGGAGGCGGCCGAAGAUUUCGUGACCCGCUUCAUGACGGGAGAGGUGGUGGUAAAGACGAUGUGUUACGAGUGCGAACAGGCUGCAUCGAAGCCAGACUCCUUCAUUGACAUCUGCAUCCCCAUCGAGGAUGGUGCCGAUCGUGCCACCACACGUGAAGACCAGGUGCAAGUGCUGAUGUCGGCGUUGAAGGAGGACGAAGUCCUGUCCGGAGACAACAAGUAUUCGUGUGAUACGUGCAAGCAUCCGAACGAGGCCCGACGCUCCGCCUACUACGCCCGACUACCCGAAAUCCUCGUCCUCCAGGUCAAGAGGUUCACCAUGAACAUCAGUUCCUACAGCAGUGGGACGUACGCGAGCAAGAACCACGGGUUCAUGCCGACGCCGAUGGUGCUGCCGUGUUUCUGCAUCCGUUGCACCGCGGACCCGCCCCCGCCCCACCGCGCCCAUCCGACGGGGAACCAUCGCGUGGAACCGCAGGGCCCCCACGCCGGGGGUGCAUUUACGCUCUACGCCGCGAUAUGCCACCAAGGCAGCUCUUUGGGCAGCGGGCACUACGUCGCGUUCCUCCGCCUGUCCCACAUCCGACACGUGGCCCACUUUCACUGUGAUACCCCGGCAGCACCCAGCGCGCGAUCGGCAGCCAAGAAGCGAUCGGGCAUCGCCAAGUACUUCAACCACGCCAAGAAGUCCUCGUCGUCGUCGUCGUCGCAGCACAACGUCUCGUCGCCGCACGACGUGUGCUGCGACGCGCAGUCGUGCUGCGGCGUCUGCUGGCUCACGGCCUCGCUCCCGGACUUCGCGUCCAUGACCGUGGACGCGCCCGCGGUGAACGGCGCGACGGGCGCGAACGGCAUCCCCGCGAGCGACGAUUCGCGAUGGCUGAAGUGCGACGACCACAUCGUGAGCGUCCUCACGGCGGGGGACAUGGAGUACGUGCUAGGGCCAGACGCCCCCGAGGGUUCGCCCUACCUCCUCUUCUAUUCCCGCAGCUCCGUCGAGUCCACGAAGCUCUGAGGCGCGGGGAACGUCGGUUGUGAUAGUCGGAGCCACGGUAGCCGGAUCGAGGAACGAACCCCGAUAGUACUUAUUAUUUCGCGAGUCCCCCCGAAGUGCCUCGAAGUGCAUCGAUGCGUCUCGUCCCACCUGUCCGAGUUUAAUUUUAUGUCCCCAGUUGACUUCCCCGUUCCUGACCUUGGCAGACCGUAAAUGUAUUAAAUUUGGUCUUCCUGUCAUCUGA